UCGGGUUCCACCGCACCGCCUCAAGAAGUUACCACGCUCCUUCCUCCCCACCCCGAGCCUCCAUUGUUGGGAUCUUUCCAUCUACAAAUACACGCCUCCCUCGCCCAACGGCAAUCCUACAUCGUACUAACCAAGAAAGCAAAGCGCGGCGGCGAUGGUGGCGCCGCGCGGGACCGGGAGGACGAGCCAGGGGCGGAGGCGCAUCGAGAUCGCCUACAUUGAGGACCCCGCCCGCCGCAUGGUGACCUUCUCCAAGCGCAAGUCGGGGCUCCUCAAGAAGGCCUCGGAGCUCUCCCUCCUCUGCGGCGCGCGCGUGGCCGCUAUCGUCUUCUCCCAGGCCGGCAAGCCGUUUGCGUUCGGUAGCCCCUCCGUAGACCACGUCCUCCGCCUUUGCGCCCCGCUCCCCGCCGGCGACAAGGACGAGGACAGCCUCGGCAUCGGCUUCACCGGCGACGCCAUCGGCGGCGGCGACCGCGAGGUGGUGGAGGCGACGGCACGGCGGAAGGAGGCGGCCACGGCGCGCGUGGCCGAGGAGGCGGCGCGGAUGAGCUACAUCGGGAAGAAGGUGCUCCGGGCCGCCGCGGGACGGUUCUGGUGGGAGGCGGAUGUGGAGGCGCUCGGGGCGGAGGAGCUGCGGGAGUUCGCCAGGGCGCUCCGCCGGCUCAGGGACAACGUGCGGCGCCGCGCCGACAAGCUGCCGCUGGCCCCUGUCUCGCAGCCGACGACGACGCUGCUGCAGUAGAGCCUCUGCUGGAGCUCCAAGAUGCGUCUUUUUAACCGGUGUUGCUUAGGGUUAGUGCGAUUGGCCUCGAAUUCAGUUGCUUCUCUUCAUCUUCAUGUAAUGGCAUCGAAGGCAAUUCAGCAAUAAGAUCACAAUACAAAGCAUGAAAGCGAUUGGAGGAUAAUUUCUCAUCGGUCCUUUAAUCCUUUCCAUGUUUUUUUAUCU